CUCACCCGACGGUUGCCACCCAUCAAAGAAGCUAAACCUCGGCUACAGAAGCUUUUCCGGGACUUCUGGCUCUACUCUGUACUGAUGGGAUUCGCUGUGGAGGGCUCAGGACUUUGGCCGGAAGAAUGGUAUGAGGGAGUCUGUGAAAUAGCCACCAAGUCACCUCUGCUCACCUUUCCCAGCAAAGAGCCUCUUCGAUCGGUCCUGCAGUACAACUCAGCCAUGAAAAAUGACACAGUCACUCCUGCUGAGCUGAGUGAGCUCCGGAGCACCAUCAUCAACUUGCUGGAUCCCCCUCCUGAGGUCUCUGCCCUCAUCAACAAGCUGGACUUUGCCAUGUCUACCUACCUCUUGUCUGUGUAUCGGCUGGAAUACAUGAGGGUGCUGCGGUCCACAGAUCCUGAUCGCUUCCAGGUAAUGUUCUGCUACUUUGAGGAUAAAGCUAUUCAGAAAGACAAAUCUGGGAUGAUGCAGUGUGUCAUUGCUGUUGCUGACAAAGUGUUUGAUGCCUUCCUGAACAUGAUGGCAGAUAAAGCUAAGACCAAGGAGAAUGAAGAGGAGCUGGAGCGCCAUGCCCAGUUUCUGCUGGUGAACUUCAACCACAUUCACAAGAGGAUAAGGAGAGUGGCUGAUAAAUACCUGUCUGGUCUGGUGGAUAAGUUUCCACACUUGCUCUGGAGUGGGACUGUGCUGAAGACCAUGUUGGACAUCCUGCAGACGCUGUCACUAUCACUAAGUGCUGAUAUUCAUAAGGACCAACCUUACUACGACAUUCCUGAUGCCCCAUACCGGAUCACAGUUCCUGACACAUAUGAAGCCCGAGAGAGCAUCGUGAAGGACUUUGCUGCACGUUGUGGGAUGAUCCUGCAGGAAGCCAUGAAGUGGGCACCCACGGUCACUAAGUCCCACCUACAGGAGUAUCUGAGCAAACAUCAGAACUGGGUGUCAGGUCUGUCCCAGCACACAGGCUUGGCCAUGGCCACGGAGAGCAUCCUUCACUUUGCCGGCUACAACAAGCAGAACACGACUCUUGGGGCAACUCAGCUAACUGAACGGCCAGCCUGUGUGAAGAAAGAUUACUCCAACUUCAUGGCAUCCUUGAAUUUGCGCAACCGCUAUGCAGGCGAGGUACAUGGGAUGAUCCGGUUCUCGGGAGCCACAGGCCAGAUAUCUGACCUGAACAAAAUGAUGGUUCAGGAUCUGAUUACAGCUUUGGACCACAGCAAUCCUCAGCACUACACACAGGCCAUGUUCAAGCUGACUGCAAUGAUCAUUAGCAGCAAAGAUUGUGACCCGCAGCUCCUCCAUCAUCUGUGUUGGGGUCCCCUCCGGAUGUUCAAUGAGCAUGGCAUGGAGACCGCGCUGGCCUGCUGGGAGUGGCUGCUGGCUGGCAAGAGUGGAAUUGAAGUGCCUUUCAUGCGGGAGAUGGCGGGUGCCUGGCACAUGACAGUGGAGCAGAAGUCCGGCCUCUUUUCUGCUGAAACCAGGGAAGCAGACCCCCUGGCAGCGUCAGAAGCAAGUCAGCCCAGACCCUGCCCCCCUGAAGUGACGCCCCACUACAUCUGGAUCGAUUUCCUGGUACAGCGGUUUGAGAUUGCCAAGUACUGUAGCUCUGACCAGGUGGAGAUCUUCUCAAGUCUGCUGCAGCGCUCCAUGUCCCUGAACAUCGGUGGAGCUAAGGGGAGCAUGAACAGGCAUGUGGCAGCCAUCGGACCACGUUUCAA